CAAAACGAAGCCUGUCCAAUCAAAAGUAAAAGCACACCCGGAAUCGCUCAUGAGGACCAAUCAGAUCCCACUACAUCGGUUGACAGGAGGCGGGACUCGCGUCACCGGUGGAGGUCGGAUGUCGCCUGACCGGAUGAUAGCGAGAAGUUUUGUUUUACUAAAGUGAAAGUGUCUGAAAGGUGGAAACUGAACAGUUGUUAAGUAACCCGAGCGCCCUGCUGCUGUGAGCCCGUUCCUGUGCGCUGAGAGACGGCCAGAAACCAUGGGCAACCGGGGGAUGGAGGAAUUGAUCCCCCUGAUCAAUAAACUUCAGGAUGCUUUCAGUUCAAUCGGCCAAAGCUGUAACUUAGAUCUGCCGCAGAUAGCCGUGGUGGGAGGACAGAGCGCCGGAAAAAGCUCCGUGCUGGAAAAUUUCGUCGGCAGGGAUUUCCUUCCUCGUGGCUCAGGCAUUGUCACCCGCAGGCCUCUCAUCCUGCAGCUAGUUAACAACAAAGCUGAAUAUGCUGAGUUUUUACAUUGCAAAGGGAAGAAGUUUGUGGACUUUGAUGAGGUCCGGACGGAAAUCGAAGCGGAGACGGACAGGAUAACCGGGUCCAAUAAGGGCAUCUCUCCUAUUCCCAUCAACUUGAGAGUCUACUCUCCGAAUGUAUUGAAUUUGACUCUCAUUGAUUUGCCCGGCAUGACCAAGAUUGCUGUGGGCGACCAGCCGCCAGAUAUCGAGCACCAGAUUCGAGACAUGAUUCUGCAGUUCACCACUAGGGAGAGCUGUCUGAUCCUGGCCGUCACGCCGGCCAACACUGACCUGGCCAACUCGGAUGCCCUCAAGAUGGCUAAAGAGGUGGACCCUCAAGGACUGCGUACUAUUGGUGUGAUCACUAAACUGGACCUGAUGGAUGAGGGCACGGACGCCCGAGAGAUCCUGGAGAAUAAACUCUUACCACUGCGCAGAGGUUAUAUUGGCGUGGUGAACAGGAGUCAGAAGGAUAUAGAUGGCAGGAAAGAUAUACGUGCUGCACUGGCAGCAGAGAGGAAGUUUUUCCUGUCACAUCCCAGUUACAGACACAUGGCUGAAAGAAUGGGAACACCGCACCUUCAAAAGACCCUCAACCAGCAAUUGACCAACCACAUAAGGGACACGUUGCCCGGCUUACGUAGUAAACUCCAGUCCCAGCUGCUCUCUCUGGAGAAGGAGGUUGAAGAGUAUAAAAACUUCCGCCCGGAUGACCCGACGCGAAAGACCAAAGCUUUGCUACAGAUGGUCCAGCAGUUUGGAGUGGACUUUGAGAAAUGCAUCGAGGGGUCCGGAGACCAAGUGGACACGGCGGAGCUCUCCGGAGGUGCUAGGAUCAACCGAAUUUUCCAUGAGCGUUUCCCCUUUGAGUUGGUCAAGAUUGUGUUUGAUGAGAAGGAGCUACGGCGAGAAAUCAGUCAUGCCAUUAAGAACGUCCAUGGUGUCAGAACUGGCCUGUUCACACCAGAUCUGGCGUUUGAAGCCAUCGUGAAAAAGCAGAUCAUUAAGCUGAAAGAGCCCUGUCUGAAAUGUAUCGAUCUGGUCAUUCAGGAGCUCAUCAACACGUUCAGGCAGUGCACCAGCAAGCUGAACUCGUACCCCAGACUGCGAGAGGAAACCGAGAGGAUUGUCACUUCUCACGUCAGAGAAAGAGAAGGCAAGACCAAGGACCAGGUCCUUCUGCUGAUCGACAUCGAGCUGUCGUACAUCAACACCAACCAUGAGGACUUCAUUGGAUUCGCAAAUCUUGACUUCAGACGGAUGGAUGAUGGUACCCUACCGGGGUACGGCAACAACAGUGCCCAGCAAAGGAACGUUGUCAACAAGAAAAGGCCUAUUCCCAACCAGCUUUAUGGCCUGAGAGAAGGUGAAGCUGAGAAGGUGAUCCGUAAAGGUUGGCUAACCCUUAACAUCAGCAUCAUGAAGGGAGGCUCCAAGGACUACUGGUUCGUUCUUACGGCCGAAUCCCUUUCCUGGUACAAGGACGAAGAGGAAAAAGAGAAGAAAUACAUGCUUCCUCUGGAUAACCUGAAGCUCAGAGAUGUGGAGAAAGGCUUCAUGUCCACGAAGCACAUUUUCGGUAUCUUCAACACCGAGCAAAGGAACGUGUAUAAGGACUUGCGUCAGAUCGAGCUGGCUUGUGACUCGCAGGAGGACAUGGAUAGCUGGAAAGCCUCUUUUCUCAGAGCAGGCGUUUAUCCUGAGAAAGAUCAGGUGGAUUCUGAAGAGGCGGGCCCUGUUGACAGCUUCUCCAUGGACCCUCAAUUAGAGAGACAGGUGGAAACCAUCCGUAACUUGGUGGACUCCUACAUUGGGAUUGUCAACAAGACCAUCAGAGACCUCAUGCCCAAGACUAUCAUGCAUCUCAUGAUCAACAACGCUAAAGACUUCAUUCAUUCAGAGCUGCUGGCGUAUCUGUACUCAUCAGGAGAUCAGAAUAGCCUGAUGGAGGAGUCCGUUGACCAGGCCCAGCGCAGAGACGAGAUGCUGCGUAUGUACCACGCCAUCAAAGAGGCACUCAACCUCAUCGGUGACAUCAGCACCAGUACAAUAUCCACACCAGUGCCUCCACCCGUAAACGACAGCUGGAUACCAGAGACGAGCCCCACCCCCCAGCGCGGAGCGGCCUCAUCAGCUCCGCCCCCCAGCAGGCCUCCAGCAGUGCGUGGUUCUGCACCAGGCCCACCUCCUCUUAACCCCACCUCUUCAUAUGUAGUUCCGCCCAUUCCUUCUCGGCCAGGCCAACCUAUAAAUGCCUUCGGCAACAGCGGCCACGAUCCUUUCAGUGCCCCUCCUCAGAUUCCCUCUCGGCCUGCACGUGUGCCGCCCGGCAUCCCAAGCAGAAGACCCCCUGGCGCUCCCAACCGGCCCACCAUUAUCCGCCCUGCCGAGCCCUCUCUGCUAGACUAGACCUGUGUGCUGGGCACCCAUAAUGUGCUGGCCUGACAGAAAAAGAGAGAGAGAGCGAGAGAAAGAGAGACAAAGAAAAGGGCCGGAGAGCUGCACUGAUAUACGUGCACAUACAGCCUGACCAAUAGACCUAAAUAAUCCACUCAAACUGUCCUCGGAUCAGCGCUGCUAAUGACAUCGCUAGAUUUUAAAGCCUAGAGCCCUAAAUUAAUUAAGAUAUAUUAAAAUAUUAUUGUUAUUAUUUUGGUGAAGUGUUGGGUGUAUCAUUCAGUUUGGUCAGGUGACCACCAGGGGGUGUCCUACUCAACCUGUGUAGCUGAUACAACAUUAGAUCUGGUUUUCUUUCGGUGGAGAUGUGUACCUCCGUUCUGACUAGUGAUUUAAUGUGGGAUGAAAUGUAUAAAGCACUGUGCAAGCUAGUUGCUAUUAAACUGGCCUGUUUUCCUGUUCUGAUAACUUAAGGGUGGCUGAAGACUUCUUUCUUGUAUUAGACACACUUAAUGUGCUAUUUUGUGUUUUCUUGACUCUUUAACUUGAUACGCCGAAAUAAGACACCACAACUGUUAGCAUUAUUGCUAUUUGGGGUUGAUUUUGAUCUCAUUUCUUUUAAUAUAUACACGAUUUUCUUGUGAUGCCCUCCAAAAUGGCUGUUAAAGGGAUAGUUCACCCAAAAAUGAAAAUUUUGUCAUCAUUUACUGACUCUUGUGUUGUUACAAACCUGUAUAAAUUUCUUUGUUCUGAUGAACACGAAGGAAGAUAUUUUGAGAAACCGAUAUGGGGCCCCAUUGACUUCCAUAGUAAAGUGAAUGGGGCUCAUGAUCCGUUUGGUUAUAAACAUUCCUCAAAAUAUCUUCCUUUGUGGUUACACAUCAGUACAAAUAAAUGUAUACAGGUUUGUAACAACAUGAGAGUGAGUAAAUGGGUGAACUAUCCCUUUAACCAGAGAUGAAAAAAAUCUUAAAUGUUGACUCACGUUUUUGGUUUAUAAAAACUGCACUGUUGCGUCCGGGAUUUAGCGUUUUGUAAAGCACUUCUAGUACUUUGGCUAUGGGAAUUUUCAGUUUUAGUUGCUGUUUGUAUGCAAAUUUCUGUAAUGAUUUGUUUAUACAAUGAUUAAAAAUCUGUGUAUAUGAAUAUAAUCCUGAAAGCACAGUAACCACUUUGUAAGAUAGCGUCUCAGGUAACACCCGACUCCAAAUUUGGUAGUUUACGCUAAUGUUCCCGUCAUUGUAAUCUCAAUUAAUCUGCACACUGCAAAAAAUUAUUUUCAAGAAAACAUUUUCUUAGUAUUUUUGUCUUGGAUUCAGUAAAAAUGUCUAAAUAUUAUUAAAUAAAGAUGCUUUAUUACGACCCAAGAAAAUAAGUCUAGUUUUAGACCAAAAAUAUCAAAUUUAAGUGAUUUUGUGCAUAAAACAAGCAAAAAAUCUGCCAAUGGGGUAAGCAAAAUUUUCUUGAAUUUUUCUUGAAUUUAGUGUUUAAGAAAAAUUUUCAAGAUUUUUUGCUUACCCCAUUGGCAAAAACUAGACUUAUUUUCUUGGGUCGUUUUGCUCAUCAAGAAAAAUCCUCUUAAUUUAAGAAUAUUUAUAUACUAAAUACUAAGAAUUUUUUUCUUGAAAAUCAGUGUAAGGCUUUCAUUACACAUCAGGGAUGCUGAGGUUUUAUGAGCGAGAUAAACAUAAAAGCGUUGAUAUGGUACAUGCAGGUAUAUUGGGCAACGUUAUGUAUAUAGAAACAGAAACGCAUGAGGUGUUCGCACUUAGAUUUGGGAAAUGCCACAAAACUUUGAGAGUCAUAUGAUGAGGAUUUAACGUAGAGAUCGUUUUAGAUGUACUAACACACGUUUGGCUUGGGGAAUACGCUGAACUUUCUUCUAAGUAUAUUAUUUAUAACUGAUAAUGUUGUACUUUUCAUGAACUGUUUGCUUCCCCUUUUCGUUUUGAAACGACAGAAACUUCUGCAUUAAUGAGAAUGUCGAGCGUGCAUAAUUCAAAGUGAAAUAAUUUCAGCAGGUUUCCUAUUUAAUUCAUCAUGCUUUGCUUACAUUAGCACGUUUGCUUGUAUUGAUGCGUGCCCGACGACACGUUUUUUUUUUUAUUUUAUUAACUUGAGGAUCUAAACAGGGAUUUGGUGUUAGAGGGACUUCAUCUUCAGCCUUUUGUCCAGCGAGUCAUUCUGUAAAUAAUCAAAGCUUUGAGUCGAAAAAAUACCCCGAAUUUCUAAUCCACAGAUUUCCUGGACAGAACGCUGCAGUUACUUCUGUGUCUUAUGGCUACAGUGAUGGCAAAUCCAGUCAAACUAUUUUGAAAGUUUCAAAUAAACAUAUGCAUACUGUUAUACAGUUACAUGUGUAUAUAUACAGUUAAAUCUAAACCGUUUCAGAUUUCUUAAGUUAAAUCUGUUUUUGUGACUGGAUGAAGCUCAAAUCACUGCAGCCAUUUCUUCUCUUGACACACUGUAGUGUGAAAGGUUAUCUCCCACUCCUUCAUUCAGAUUUGCGUCAUGUUGUAUGAUGUGGGGGACGGGGAUUUAAUGGCAUUCUUUUUUUUAAUGCUUUCUGAAUAACAAAUCAUUGUCAAGUGCCUGUGUAGCGAUUUAAAAAGGACCUGGAACUGAUUGAAAAUGGCAAAGUGAGAUAAUUAAAGGUGUGGUGAAUAAUAAAGAUCUGGCGCUCUGAUGGUUUACGUUA